AUGUCCUCCAAGAAAGCCGAGAGUCCCAACAAGGAGCCGCCUGCUGCCGCGGGCAACUCAUCCGAUGAGCUGACGGUCGUUGUCGAAGACCUCCUGAACUCGCUUUCCAACAAAUUUGCGGGCGUAUCGAGCGAACUAUUUGCCAAAAUGGACGAGAUGUCGAGGCGGCUAGACAACCUGGAGGCAGCUCUGCAGGCCCAACAAAACAGCUCAAGUUCAUCUUCGACAAAAUAA